AUGGCCACCGAGAAGACACUCCGCGAGUUCUCUGUGCCCGCUGUCACCAACGUGGCCACUGGCCCCGCUAUUGACACGGCCGGCAAGAACUUCGAGCUACGCACCAGCCUGAUCACCAUGGUGCAGGCGAGCCCAUUCUGUGGCUUACCAAGCGAGGAUGCGAAUGCACACCUUCAACACUUCCUCGAGCUAUGUGACACGAUUGUCAUCAAGGACAUCACUCCUGAUGUCAUUCGGCUCUGCCUCUUUCCUUUCUCCCUCGUGGGGAAGGCGAAGAGGUGGUUCUAUCAAGAUAAGGAAGCUGUCACCACGUGGGAAAAAUGCUCCACGGCAUUCCUCGCCAAGUUCUUCCCCAUAAGCAAAACCAAUGCUUUGAGGGGAAGGAUUGCCAAUUUAUUGAUGAAGCAACUCACCGAGAGGAACCAAGAGAACCCCUCGAACUCGGUGAAGGCCAUAGACUCACACACGACGUGCGAGGUCUAUGGAGAAGUUGGCCAUUCGGGGAAUGAUUGCCCCGAAACCCGUGAAGACGCUGCCUACAUCAACAACGGGUUCCGCCAACAAGGAGGCGCCAACCAAGCUCAGAUAGCUGCUGCCCUUCCAACUGAAUAUAAAAAUAAUUCUGAAAAUGUAAAAGCGGUGACCACGAGGGGUGGUAAGACUACUCGUGAUCCACCGAACCCUAACGCUGAUGCAGGGAAGGACAAAGAGCAACAGGAGAUAACAAAGAAAACCCAAAAAGAUGUCAGACCAGAAGAAGAGGAAAUGGCACCAAAAGACCCAUUGGGGUACACGAACACCACGUACCUGCAAUUUCCCACAAGAAAUAGAAAACAAGCUGUGGAUGAUCAAUGCACUCGCUUUGUUGAGAUGAUCAAGAAGAUACAUGUAAGCGUUCCUUUGAUGGACGUUCUACAUGUACCUUCUUAUGCCAAGUACAUCAAGGAUAUAAUCAACAACAAGUGCCCACUACCAUCCACUGAAACAAUUAAGCUGACGGAAGAGUGUAGCGCUGCUAUACUCAACCGUCUCCCGGAGAAGAGGAAGGACCCGGGGUGCCCUACAAUCACAUGCUCAAUCGGAACUCAGCGCUUUGAUCAUGCGCUAUGUGAUUUAGGUGCAAGCGUAAGUGUGAUGCCUAAAGUUGUCUUUGACCAGCUCAACUUCACUCAACUCAAGCCAACCACGAUGACUCUCCAACUGGCCGACUCAUCGGUCAGGCAUCCAACGGGAAUAGCCGAAGAUGUACCAGUACAAAUCAGAGGACUGUUUGUUCCCGUGGACUUUGUGGUGCUUGAUAUGGAGUUAACCAAGGAAUCACCAUUGAUCCUUGGGAGACCCUUCUUGAGCACCGCAGGAGCACAGAUUGAUGUGAAGGAAGGAAAGAUCAGUUUACACAUCAAUGGGAAGGAGGAGAAGUUUGAGUUCAAACCAAGGCAUCAAGAGCAAUGCUCAAUGAUCCGGGUUAGAUAUGGACCAAAUAAACAGAUAAAAGAGGUGCAGAUAUAG